CAAUAGUAAUGUAUAUUUUUUUGGUCAUGGACUUGGACUCAUGGUCACAUAUUGAUAAUAAAAGUGCUGAUAAGUUGCUUGUGAAAAUGCUUCAGUCUGGAAUGGCUGGAGGAUUGGAAACUCUAUGUGGGCAAGCAUUUGGAGCAGAGCAAUUCCACAAACUGGGAACAUAUACCUACACUGCCAUAAUCUCCCUCACAUUGAUUUGUCUCCCAGUUUGUGUGCUUUGGAAUUUCAUGGAUAAAUUUUUGUCUCUUGUAGGCCAAGACCCUCUAAUAUCUACUGGAGUUCGCUGUUUUUCGAUGUGGCUUAUCCCUGCUCUGUUCGCUUCUGCUAUCCUCAAGCCUUUAACUCGCUAUUGCCAAACUCAGAGCUCAAUAGUUCCAAUGCUUUUGACUACCGUUGUCGUUUUAGCUUUUCAUAUCGCCACAUGUUGGAUUCUUAUUUACAAGCUGGAAAUAGGUAAAAAUGGAGCGGCUAUAGCAAUCAGUCUGUCUACUUGGUUGAAUGUUGUGUUAUUGGGGUUUUAUGUUAUGUGUUCUUCUGUCUUUGAGAAAACUCGGAUUGCCUUCUCUAAAGAAGCUUUUCUAAGUGUUGGGGAGUUCUAUCGCUAUGCAGUCCCUUCUGCUGUAAUGGUUUGUCUUAAAUGGUGGUCAUGUGAGCUGCUUAUACUGCUCUCUGGUCUUCUACCGAAUCCAAAGCUGGAGACUUCAGUGCUAUCGAUAUGCCUAACCAUCUCAACAUUGCACUUCACCAUAUCAUACGGAGUUGGAGUUGCUACAAGCACAAGAGUGUCGAACGAAUUAGGUGCUGGUAAACCAGAAGCAGCGCGGUUAGCUGUUUGGGCAGCAAUCUUUAUAGCAACAACAGAGGCAGCAACUGUGAGCACUAUUCUCUUCCUGUGUCGUUCUUUUGUGGGUUAUGCUUACAGCAAUGAGAAACAGCUCGUGAAUUAUAUUGCUGUCAUGACUCCUCUGAUAUGUCUCUCAGUGUUUAUGGACAGCUUACAGGCUGUUCUUUCAGGAGUAGCUAGAGGGAGUGGGUGGCAACACAUAGGAGCCUACAUUAAUCUUGGUGCAUUUUAUGUGGCUGGACUUCCCAUGGGUAUUGUUCUUGGUUUUGUUCUACAUUUAAGGGGGAAGGGCCUUUGGAUUGGAAUAGUAAUUGGUUCAGCAGUCCAAUCAACUCUUCUUUUCUUUGUUACAAUUUUCACCAAUUGGAAAAAACAGGCAGUCCUGGCUCAACAUUGCAGCAUAUCUCGGGCCAGGGCCAAGAAUGAUGAAAUCAAGGCCGAGCUCCAGACUGCUCAAGCCACCUUGACUGCGGCCCAAGCUGCUCUCGCCACCUCUCAAAAGAGUGAACAAGGUGCCAAGGCUGCCUUGGCGGCGGCCCAAGCGGGUGAACAGGUGGCAAAGGCUACUUUAACCACGACACAAGAGGGCGAGCAGGCGGCAAAGGCUGCCUCGGCAGCCCUUCAGGCCGAGCUCGAGGGGGCCAAGGCCAAAAAGUUGGAGGUCGAGGCGGCUAUUCAAGAGGAGAAGAAGGCAUUGACAUCCUCCAUGGAGAGCAUGUUGUACCACUACUGGGCCUUCAAUCAGGAGGGAAACUUCUCCUUCAUGGCCUUCAAAGUGUGGGGGCACUACCUCGAGAAGUUCAAGGCUCGGAUACAACAAGAGCUACAGUCUGAGACCGGGGAGGCCUUUGUCGCUAGCGAGCAGUAGAUCGAGGAGGUGAUGUCCUCAGAGCGGCCUAGAGGGUCUUAGUUUUUAUUUGCCCUUUUUUUAUGUUGUAUAUUUUUCUUUUGUGAACGUUAAGCACGAGGUUAUUCUCCUCGAGACAAUUUAUAUAUAUUAUUUUCAGUUUAUCUAAGUUUUAUUUAUUCCUUGAUCUCUUUCUCAUGCCUUAUGAUGUGCACGUUUAAAGCCUUAGGAAAUGACCCUUACGUCGAGAUCGAUAUUCCUGUUCGUAACCAAAAAAGAAGAUUUAUAUCUUACCUGUUAAGUAUCAGGCCCUGGACCCGGUUGUAUCCAGGGUUUUU